AUGGCGCCCUCGUCGUCGAUCCCGCCAAACCCGACGUCUGCAAAUGUCACGCAACUGCUCCCUAAGCUCAACGAUGACGACCCCGACUUCCGCUUCAUGGCCCUCAGCGAUCUGCAUGACAUGCUGCUGCUGGGCCAUGCCGCUUUUCUACAGUCAGACAACCUUGCCUGUGCAAAGACUGUCGAAGGACUGCUGAGCACGCUCGUGGACAGCAAUGGCGAAGUGCAGAACCAGGCCGUCAAGUGCCUGGGUCCUUUCGUCAACAAGAUCCCUGACAACAUUCUGUGUCCCAUGAUUGAGAAGCUGUCGAAUCUCCAGACGGAUAACACGGUGGACCAGUCGAUACCUUCCUUGGCUCUGCGUGAGGUGGUCAUCUCGCUGCCUCGCCCGGUAGCUGGUGGACAGCGGACCAAGCAGGUCCAGGAUGCAUACAACGCCGUGAGCAAGGUCUUAAUACCACGAUUGGUCGGGUACCACGUUAUCUUGCCCUCGCAGAAGGGCCUUCCCGGCGUACCGAAGGGCAUGCUGCAGCUCGACUUGGAGAAGGGCACCGAUAGCAACGCCAUCGAUGUCCUCACCGAAGUUGCCCGCUGCUUCGGCCCCAUGUUGCAGGAUGCAGAGAUCCACGCGCUGCAGAAGAUCACGCUCGAGAUCCUUGAAAACGACCGGGCCAGCUCCAUGAUGAAGAAGAAGUCGGUUACUGCCAUCUCUACCUUGGCCAGCUUCUUCUCCGACCAGCUGCUGAGCAGCUUCAUCUCGCGAAUAAUCGAACACCUGCGAGAUGUACACCUCACGCGCAGCAAGCGAAAACUAUACAUCACAGUCCUCGGUUCUAUAGCACGAUCGGUCCCGCGCAAAUUCGGUCCCUACCUCAAGACGUUAGCCCCCUUUGUGUUGAGCGCCCUAAGUGCGCAGGAAGUGGAUGAAGAGAUGGAUACCUCCGAUGAUGAGGGCGAGCGCGACCCUGAAGUCGACGAAGUACUCGAGGCUGCGCUCAUUGCGCUGGAAGGCUUCCUCGCAUCGUGCUCGUCUGACAUGCGCGCAUACACUACCGAGACCAUCGAGGCGACGACGCGUCUUCUGAAAUACGACCCCAACCUUGCCGGAGGCGACGAUGAUGAUGAUGACGAUGCUAUGGCUAGCGACGAAGAGGACGCACUCGAGGACGACGAUUACGAAGAAGAAACUGGUUUCGACGAUGAUGAAGAUGCCAGUUGGAAGGUCCGACGAUGCGCUGCCAAAGCCAUAUAUACCCUCAUCUCAACACGAAGCAAUGGUGAUCUUCUGGAAGAUGGUACUUUAUACGGUCGCGUGGCUCCGGCGUUAGUCGCUCGGUUCAAGGAGCGGGAAGAGAAUGUGCGCCUCGAAAUUCUCUCUGCGUUGUCGAACUUGGUUCGAAAGUCGGGAGAUGGCCCUACACCUGUCAAGUUCGCCGACGAGCAUCCCCAAGGCGGCACCAUGUUGCCCCCACCUAAUCGUAAGCGCCGCCGGGGUGGAAGCGACGUAUCAAUGUUGGAAAACCACCACCUGAAUCUCGGCUAUGCAUCUCCAGCACGUUCAAGUACGCCGGUCAUAGGCCCACGCGCCGAUCUCACGAAGCUCAGUCCUGAGAUCGUGAAGGGAGUCGCGCAAUUGCUCAAGCAGUCUACAUCGCCACCAUCGACGAAGCAAGCAUGCAUCGUUCUCGUAAAGGACAUCAUAAUAACUCAGCGCGGCGGAUUGGACUCGUAUCUGACCCAGAUCGUGGAUCCUGUCGUUGAGGCUGCGAAGACUAGUGGCGGUACGACCAGCAGCGCCUCCGCUACGGCGAAUAGCUUGAGAAUUCAGGCUCUACAGCUCCUUGGUGCUAUUGCUGAUACACAUCCUUCUGCAUCUUUCCAGCCGUAUCUUUCCAAGGUUGUACCUGCUCUGAUCUACGGAGCUCGCGACAAGUACAGCAAGCUUUCCAUUGAGGCCUUGGCCGCAACCGAACAGGUGAUCAAGGCCCUGACACCUCCUCGCGGCGAUAAGACUGGCUCUCAAAACCAGAAGCACCUGGAGGAGCUACACGAUAUUCUUGUCACUCGCAUCGGCGCGAAGGACGUGGACCUAGAAGCUCGCCGGAGCGCGAUACACGUGCUCGGAGUUUUCCUUGGACGCAGCUCCGGCACAGAUCUGCUAUCUCUGCAGAACCGCGUGUCUGCGCUUGAGCUCCUAGCCGGAAGUCUCAAGAACGAACUCACUCGUCUUGCUUCCGUGCGAGCAAUCGACUCGAUAGCCGAACACACCAACGCGCAAGGCGAGCUAUCUACGAAGUGGGUGAGGGGCGUUGCACUUGAGCUUGGUGCUCAGCUGCGGAAAGCAAGCCGCGCACUUCGUGGUGCCAGCCUAAGCGCUUUACGAACACUAGCAAAGAACCAGAUCUCGCGGGCACAGCUUGACAAUCAGACAAAGUCGCAGAUCGUUGAGCUGCUGUUGCCUCUGCUGGACUCCUCAGACCUGCAUCUGCUCGGCCCGGCUCUUGUAAUCCUAAGGACCUUUGUUGAGGAUAAUGCCCGGUCCACAGUGACUCCAGAACUGAUCAAAGCCUUAUGCACUGUCGUACAGGGUUCCAUCAGUGGUAGCUCGCUAGAGGCUCUACUUGCCUUGGUGCGUACUAUCGGCGAGCAGGGCGCAGGACAACCGCUUAUGGGAGCUCUGCUCAACGAUGUCGGCAUCUCUGGCAAUGCUGAAGUGGUUGGAAAAGUCAUUGGCAAUCUCCUGGUCUUCGGUGGUGGUAGCUUGGGUAUCAAGCUGGAAGAUUUUGUCAAUGAGCUUAAGACGGCCAAGGACGAUAGGCGGAAAUGUCUCGCACUGGUUGUUAUGGGAGAAGCUGCGCUCCGCAUGGGCGAACAGUCGUCCAUCGACCCCCAACUCUUCAUACAAUACUUUUCCGCCAAGUCAGAAUCGGUUCCUCUGUCGGCUGCUGUGGCUCUAGGACGCGCUGGUGCAGGAAAUGUCAGCAAGUACUUGCCCGUCAUCCUCUCUACCAUGGGUCAGCCAUCGAGCCCGCAGUAUCUUCUGCUACAUUCGAUAAAGGAAAUCCUCCAGCAGGACACCGAGUCAGAAAUCCUGCCCUUCGCGUCGCACCUGUGGAACAACCUUGUGGCAGCGUCCCAAGCCGAGGACAACAAAGCUAUUGGCUCAGAAUGUAUCGGUAGGCUUACGAUCAUCGACCCGAAGACCUUCCUACCGCAACUGAGGGCUUUCCUUGGUGAUCAAAACGUCGGCGUUCGGGGCAUGGUUAUCUCAGCUUUACGUUACACGCUUGCCGAUACUGAUGAGGCUUAUGACGAAUAUCUCCGACCUAUCGUCGUCCCUAUGCUCAUCCAGAUGCUCUCGGAGACCGACCUCGACAAUCGUCGCCUGGCUCUGACAACAUUCAUGUCGGCGCUGCGCAACAAGCCCGACAUCAUUUUGCCAGCUCUUGAGCAGCUUCUGCCGCUCACCAUGAACGAGACGGUGAUCAAGCCCGAGCUGAUCCGUGAGGUUCAGAUGGGCCCGUUCAAGCACAAGGUAGACGACGGUCUAGAAAUCCGCAAGAGCGCAUACGAGGCUCUCUACGCUCUCCUCGAGAAUGCCUUCUCGCGUCUGUCUCCCACCGAUCUUGACGACUGCUACGACCGGAUUGUGGCUGGUAUUACGGAUGAGCAUGAUGUCCGCAUCAUGUGCAACCUGAUGCUCACCAAGUUGAUGCAUCUUUCGCCUGAACGCACCCACCAUCGCCUCGAAGUCAUCUCCAAUUCGUUCCGUGCCGUUCUAUCUAUUAAGCCCAAGGACAACGCUGUUAAGCAAGAGCUGGAGAAGCUGCAGGAGGGCUGCAAGGGCGUGCUCAAAGUCUCUAUCUUGCUGAACAAGCAGAUGGGCACUGAGAGCGGUGUUCAGGGUCAAGAUGAUCCGCAGCUGCGGGCGUGGGCUGGCUACUGGGACUGGAUUACCAAGGAGCAUGCGCUUGCCCACAAGGCCGCCACGGAUGAGUUGAAGGACCGUGACCAUUAG